AUGCCGCCAAAGCUCUCCUCGGCCAUUGAGGUCGGCCCACUGGGCCUGCUUGCCGUUCAGACUGCUGGCUCUUAUGUGUCGUCCGCGCCGAAACGCUCCGCCGCUGAGGCCGAUGUCGAGAAUGAAGACCCGUACGACGACGACGACGACGACAGCGAGACCCAGCUCGUUGGCCGCGGCGAGCCGAUCAAGUGGAACUGCAACCAGGUGCGCACGCGUAUCCGCUCAUUCAUCGACAAUGGCGGAAUGAAAGUCACCGAGUUCCAGCGGGCCAUUGGCGUCAACCCGGUCCCAUACCGUAACUUUAUGGCGCAGAACGGACCGUACAAGGGCGAGAACUCGAGCGUGUAUCAGCAAGCAUACUUUUUCUUCCGUGAGCGCGAGGCGCGCGGCCUCAAGAUGCCCAGGAAGAGGGCCAAGGCGGCUCCAGCGGCUCCAGCGGCUCCAGCGACCCCUUCCGCUACGACGUCCUCAACCUCUGCGGCUGCGGCCAAGAAGGGCCGCGCAGCGGCUCUGACGGAUUUCGGCGAUCUUCGUCUAGCCGGCGAAGAGACGCGUUCAGUCAAGGUUUACGACUCAUGUGAUGAGAUUCGGAGGAAGAUCAACGCACACCUUCAACUUCCGGAGGUAACCCAGGCUUCGUUCUUGAGGGACGUUGCGGGGCAACUUGGUCCUGGAAGGAGCGUUCAGGGCGUGCAGCUCACCGCGUUCCGGAGUAAGCAUGGGCCUGACGAGGGCGCCUCGUCAUGUGUCUACUAUGGAGCGUAUGUCUUCUUUGAGAAGAUACGUAUCCAGGCCAACAAGCCCAAGUCCAAGCACCGUCUGGGGAUGGAGAAGUGA